AAAAGACGUCGCCUCUGCACCCUACGGAAAACGUUACUGGCAUUUUUCCCUGCCUAUUGGUAUAUUUACACAAACACAACUACAUCAUUUCGAUAAAGGGUUCCCCGAUCGAAUAGAUAGUGGUCAAUUGCAAUUUGGGUGUUUAGCUGAUAGGUUGUUAUCGAACAGUUUCGGAACGCCUGCCGGUCGCGUGGGAACAAUCGUACAUUCCGUGUUACAAACUUGCGGUAGGUCAUGUGAGCUGAGUGACGAUGGAGCACAUUUUACAAUGGAUUUCAUUGAACCAACCGGAGAAGGAACGCGUUUUGGGUUUAGAAACAGCGACUGAGUACCGCCAGCGAUGGAUUUCGAUUCGUGUGGUAUAUUUCGUAGGGUACCUCAUGUUUCUAGCAUUCGGAAUAGUUGCCACUGGACUGUGGCCUUAUCUGAAAACACUGGAACCAUCAGUCAGUAAGGUGUUUUUGGCGUACGUAUUUGCAGUAACUCCAUUAGGACAGCUGAUAUUUAGUCCUUUGUUUGGAUGGUGGACGAACAAGCUAUCAUCGAUGCGAGUGCCACUAGUUUUACUGGCAGCAGUUUUCACUGUAGGGAGCGUGAUCUAUGCCUUGUUGGGGGAAUUUCCGAGUAAUCGGGGCUACAUUUUGUUGUUGUCCAGAGCGCUGGUUGGAGUUGGAUCAUCGGCAGUAACGAUAUGCCGAGCCUACAUUUCUUCAGCGACCAUGGUUUCGGAAAGAACGAAAACGAUUUCCUAUAUGGCACUGGCACAAAGUUUAGGCCUGAUGGUUGGACCGAUUUUCCAGUCAAUUUUCGCCGAGCUUGGAGAAGAAGGAUUCAGUUUUCUGGGGUGGUUUCGGGUGAACAUGUACACAAUUUCUGGUUGGAUAUGUGCUGCGCUUGGACUGCUGAACAUUGUGCUGGUUAUGCCAUGGAUAUUCCAAGAUAGUCCUAUUGCUGUGAAGGAAGCAAUGAAAACCUUAGGGACAGCAACUGCCAAGGAAACGUGGAAAUCAAUGCAGUUGCAAUAUUUCUCGAUCACCUUAAUGAUCGUUGGGUUUUCGGUGCUGAUGUUCGUUUACGUGGCGUUUCAGACAUUACUAUCACCAAUAGCUCUGGAUCAGUUUGGCUGGACCAAUGAGGAAUCCUUGUUUUAUUUGGGUAUUCUGAUGACAGCUGGAGCUCUGAUAUCUUGUAUUCUGUUUCUGGUGCUGGACCCACUAUGUAAACGCUUCAGUGAAAUUGGUGUGCUCGUGUACGGAGCGAUGUUAGCCCUAUUCCUCAGUCAGCUGUUGAUGAUACCUGUUGGAACAAAACCUAUAACAGCGUAUAUCGACGUUAAUAGCACCACCGGAUGUCCGCCCACGCAGGAGUGGUGUCAAUCGAUACCGCCGGUAACGAAAAUCCAGUUUACGAUAUCCUACACACUGUUGUGCAUAGCAUUCUCUAUUGGAACGACAUUGAGUCAGGCAGUGUUUUCGAAAUUACUCGGCCCAAGACCUCAAGGAACUUGGAUGGCACUGUUGACCUGCGCAGGAAGUGCUGCUCGAAUUGUCGGUCCAGGUUCGGUUACUGCCUACGUGAUCGUUGGAACCUACUGGACGUUUGGUGCUAGUACUGUCCUUUCAGGGAUUAUAUUCCUGUGGAUGUGGGUUUAUCGAAAUCGUCUUCAACCUUCUAAACCCGACUCGGUGGAAGAACUUAAAGUACUUAGUUCUACUAAACAAUAGUAGUCUCACAAAAUGCGUAGCUGUGAUCUGUACUUAUGUAAUAGAAAAUAAAUUUUAUUUUUGCUAGGAAAA